AUGCUAUCAAGACUCGAUGGCAAUUGGGGUGGAUGGUCUCCCUGGAAUAUCUGUAGUGCAACAUGUGACGGUGGAAUUCAGGAUAGAACUCGGAAAUGUGAAUCCCCUCAGCCAAUCAAUGGAGGGCUUUACUGCAAUGGAACAAUGAUAGACAGUCGUGCAUGUAACAACAUUAAUUGUGAAAUUGAUGGACAGUGGGGGACAUGGCAAGCAUGGGAAGCAUGCAAUACCACCUGUGGGAACGGAACUCAACAAAGAAUACGGAAAUGUGACAGUCCUUCUCCGUAUUUUAAUGGAUCUGAAUGUAUGGGACUUGAUUUCGAUAGUCAGAUUUGCUAUCAAGACAAAUGUCCAGAUGCCCAACUACAGGCAAAUGAGGAUACACCAAACUUCAUCUCACCUGUGAUUCUUGGAAGUGCUGCUGUGGUUUUUAUUGUCAUUACAACCGCCAUAACGUGUAUAUCUUUUUUGUAUUUCGGAGAUUCAGACCGGGUAAAGUUGGUAAAUUGACGUUUAUAUUUGCUCCAGAAGUAAUAUAUUUUCAUUUCAUCGAGAUGCCAAACAAGAAAAGUCAAAAUUUGUAGUAAUACAAAGCUUAAGGCGUUUUAAAAUACAUAAUCAAAUGUGUACUAAUACACAGUCAAUGGUGUACUCAUACAUAGUCACAGGUGAACUCA